AUGAUGUCCCUCCCCAGGAGAUCGAACAUGGGCAACAUCCUUCCCUACACGGUGCAUUUCGAGAGAGGUGGCUACAACUUGUCUAGCAGCUUGCUGAAGCAGGAGCUCCGCUGGAUAAUUGGAUCGGCAGUUCAAGUGCGCGCUUUGCAAGAUGCUCACACUGACUUUGUCCCGCCCUUCAUCAAAGACAGAUACCUCCUUCUCGCCAUUGUCCUGGCGCUGAUUCUGAUCGGGGCCGUCCUAGUAAUUUCAGUUCUUACAGGCUCAUUGAGAUCUGCAUCCCGGAUCUUCUUCUACAGGGACAAGGCCAGUCAAGGCAUCUAUGCCCCUCCUGCCGUAUAG